GCCCAUCCCAAUCCACCCCCACCACCACCACCACCAUGUCCUUCUCCUCCGCCUCCCUCACCACCUCCGCAUACAUGGUCUCCUCGCACGACAAAUCCUACUCCUCCGGCUCCGACGACGACAUCGCCUCCCUCCCCUCCGAAUCUACCUCCGCCUCCGACCUCGAUUCGCUGUCCGAUUACUCCGACUCCGACGCCGAGGAGGAAUGGCGCGAGAGCAUCGAGCAGCUCGAGCUGCUGCUCACCAUGGUGCUAGUGCCUUUUGUCGGGAAGUUUCUGGGUAGAAAGUGUGCUUAUUGGAGCUGGACGCGCUUCAUGCAGUGGAAAUACCCGGUGGAGGUAGUGGUACGGAAUAAGGCGCUGUUUCGGGGAUCGGGGGCCGUGGGGGCGGCGUCGCCGUUAUAAUAUACUAGAGAGGUUGGUCGUGGUAUAAAGAAGGAAGGAAGGAAGGAAAGAUUGUCGGAUGAGGACUGGGG